GUUUUUAACUGCCCAUGCCUUGAAAGCAUGUUCUGGAGAUGCGUAGGGCUAAUUGAAUGUUUUUUGGAUUUGGUGAUGUGGGUUGAAUUCACCAUGCACAUCGAAUCCAGGUGAAACAUUUGUCAUUACAUUUUGGCUUCAAAAUCCCACAGCAAUAUGCAGUUAGGGGCCAACUCAGCUCAAUCGCAUAUUCCUUUAUAAAACCUAAAACCCUUCACUAACUUACCUCUGCGCACAGCGACGCCCCAUUACGCCAGUGAAAAGCAACUAGACAGUGUUGAGCUCGCUGUGUGUUUAUUCUCGACCUGGCAUAUGUGCAUCGCACUGAAGGCGAGAGAGUGUGUUUCUCUCACUGGUGUCUGCUUUCAGUGACACUUCCUCACGAAGGGGGUCGUCGUUUAAGCUAUAGUGCUUGAAGCACAGCUGGUACCACAGGGUGUAAUGUCACAUAGGAGUUUCGAUUAUUUUUGUAUCUUUUUCCAGACACAGAAAAAACAACCCCAUCGGCUGAUUGUCGCGUGCCUCGCCUAACUUUGGACGGUCCGUAUCGGGCUCUCUUUAUCCUGGUCAGUGUCGCUUGCACUAGGAGGCUGACUUUUUGCGUUGGAUAUGGGUGAAAUCUGCUCAAGGCGCGGGCAAUGACACAUAUAAAAGGAUGACGGACAAGGAAGCUUUAAAGGGACUCUUCUCUCUGACAAUUGCAUGGUGUUUUCUGAUCUCAGUUUCUGGAGAGGUCAUCUCUCAAGACACCUACCUAAAUACUCUGCAGAGUGCAGCUCCUCUGUCCUGUUCAGAGGGCUUCACUGAGCUGGGUUACUACAAUGGCUCCGUGUCUCAGACUGACUCUGGAUCGCCCUGCUUAAAGUGGACAGAGUUCCCAGACUACGUCCUGCAGUACCCGAGCCGGGGGCUGGGCGACCACAGCUACUGCCGCAACCCCGACCGCGAAUCCAACCCCUGGUGCUUCUUCCGCCAGAGCUCUGGAGCCAUCGGCUGGGCCUACUGCGACUGCCACCAGGGAGCUGCCAGGUUGGUAGGUGUGUCCUCCCCUCAGAGCGGGCGUCUGGAGGUAUACCUAAAUAGCCAGUGGGGGGCGGUAUGUGAUACACACUGGACCGACCGCGAUGCCAGUGUGAUCUGCAAACAGCUUGGACUGGGUGAGAUCGGCACAGCCCUCCAGCACUCCUAUUUCGGGCCCGGCUCUGGACUCUUCCACUAUGAACGCCUUGGCUGCCGUGGCAACGAAAACUCUCUGCUGGACUGCAGGAGUCGGAAGUUUGUCACUAGCGACUGUAACCAUGGCAACGAAGCGGGGGUGGUGUGUGCUGCACCUGAAGGCAAUGGCGCCCCCUUGAGGUUGGUAGGUGGCCUGGAGGACUUUGAGGGUCGUGUGGAGGUGUACCAUGAUGGGAGAUGGGGCACCAUCUGUGAUGACCAGUGGGAUGACAUCGAUGCUGAAGUUGUCUGUCGGCAGUUGGGCCUUGGGGGGGUACCGAAAGCGUGGACGUGGGCCCACUUUGGUCAGGGCUCUGGACCCAUCUUCCUUGACAGGUUGCAGUGUACAGGCAAUGAGCUUUCCCUGGAGGAGUGUCCCCACAACAACUGGCAACAACACAACUGUGACCACAUGGAGGAUGCUGGCGUGUCCUGUAACCCAUAUACAGAUGGUGUGGUGCGGCUGGUGGGGUCUGACAGUCCCUGGGAAGGUCGUCUGGAGGUGUACCACUCUGGGGACUGGGGUACGGUGUGUGAUGACAACUGGACUGAGCACCAUGCACAAGUGGUCUGUAGACAGCUGGGCUUCAGCAGAGGGCGUGCAGAGGUGGCAUCAGACGGGCUGUACGGGGAGGGCACAGGGCUAAUCCUGCUGGAUGAAGUGCAGUGUAAGGGCUCAGAGGGCACCCUGCUGGCCUGCGGGCACGCCGAGUGGGGACGCCACGACUGCUCCCACAGCGAGGACGUAGGGGUGCGCUGUGAGAGGGGAGGUGAAACCAACGAGGUGCCAGGGCUGCCACACAUCACAGGCCCUCUGGUGCGACUGGUUGCUGGAGAGAGCCGGAAGGAAGGGCGUGUGGAAGUGUUUCUGAAUGGCCAAUGGGGGAGCGUGUGCGAUGACGGCUGGAAUGACAUCAACGCUGCAGUGGUCUGCAGGCAGCUGGGAUUUGUUGGGGUGUCCAAGGCUCGCUCCAUGGCCUAUUUUGGAGAGGGCCAGGGCCUUAUCCACCUGGACAAUGUUAGGUGCACAGGGGCUGAGACGUCCCUGGGGGAGUGUCCGGCCGAGGGAGAAGAUGCCCAUGACUGCCGGCAUAGUGAGGAUGCAGGGGUCAUCUGUGACUACGUACCCGAACCGGUGGGGGACGGCGCCAUAAUAACGCAGACCUGUGGCAUGAGGCCAAACACACAGCGACGCAGGAGGAGGAUUAUUGGUGGAGACAAGUCAAUCAGGGGGGACUGGCCUUGGCAGGUGUCUCUGUGGCUCAAGUCCCAGUCCAAAGGGAACCAUCCACUGUGUGGAGCCACGCUCAUAAACUCCUGCUGGGUCCUGACUGCUGCACACUGCUUCAAGAGGUUUGGCAGGGACCCAUCUCGCUACGUGCUGCGACUGGGUGACUACCACACGGAGGAGAGGGAUGACUUUGAGCGCAGCCUGGCCCCAGAGCUCAUCGUCAUCCACAGGAAGUACCACAGCCAGGGCUCGGAGUAUGAUAUCGCCCUACUCAGGCUGAAGGGCACCGAGGGCAACUGUGUGGCCUUCAACCCUCAUACCAACUCAGCCUGCCUCCCUGCGCCUGGCAACAAGUGGGGCAAGAGGCCUGCCGCCUGUGUCAUCACAGGGUGGGGCAUCACAGACUCGGACUACUCCCGUACUCUGCUGCAGGCCUGGGUUCCCCUGCUGCCCUCCUGGAAGUGUAAGAAGCGAUACGGCGAGCGCUACACCAGCCGCAUGCUGUGUGCGGGCAGCCUGUCGGACCGUCGGCGCGUGGACAGUUGCCAGGGUGACAGUGGUGGUCCCCUAGUAUGUCAGGGGGAGGGUGGUCGCUGGGUGCUGACGGGGAUCAUUUCCUGGGGUCAUGGCUGUGGUGACCCCUCCUUCCCCGGGGUGUACACGCGGGUCAGCAGGUUCCUGCGCUGGAUUGACCAGGUCACCAACAACCCACCGAAAAUCUGAAGCUGCCACCGUGCCAUUGGACAGCCAGUGUUAUCACAUGAAUUUGGGGUUGGUGGGGAGGUGGGGGGAUUAAAGGAGCAGUGACCUGUUAGAGAGGGUUACCACACCCUGGUAUCUGCUCCUGGUCUCACCCACAUCCAGCAGAGUGCUUUUAAGUCCCUUUUUUUCGCCUACACUUGGAGAAGCCUGUAAAUGGCAUUGUGCAUUCUUGAUUUUGUGGAAUUAACACUUUGACGAGAGCAUUUAAUGCACCAGAAAGCCAGACUGCAUAGGUGAAUGACAUUGCACUAUAAUGCAUGCCAUACUAUCACCCUGCAACACCUGUGAAUGGCCAAUUAAUGGUGCCAUUGGGAGUAAGUCUAGUCAGGAGCGUUAGGUGGAAUAUCUUUAAGGUACAAGAUUGUAUAUGUAAAGUACAUACAGACAUGUGGCUUUUAAAUGAAUAUGGUUUCAUGAACAUUCCAGUUGUUCAUGCAUUUUUACUUAUGCCUACACUAAUGUGCUCCACUCUUGAUUGAAACAAUUGGUCAAAUUAGUCAGUGUACAGAUCGCUGGUUUAGACCAUAGGAGAGGCAUGAGUGGGCCUUUACGAGGCUCUGUACAUGUGGCAAUGAUGACAUGGCUACUCACAAUGGCUUAAAUGAGGUCCUGCCUGUUUGCCUGCCUACCCACAGUAUCUAUCUGUCUACCACAUUAUCAUAGAAGCUGCACAUCCCUACUAUCAAUGUUAUGUGAAGCCAGAUGUGUGUGUGUGUGUGUGUGUGUGUGUGUGUGAGAGAACGUUUGUGUGUGUGUGAGUGUGUGUGUGCGUGUGUGCACUGUCAAUUAAUUGUUCAUACAGCAUCUCAAUUCAGGCCUUAGACCAUAUCUUUGUGUUUUUGUCUCAAGUUGCAGUGCAAUUGCCAAAUGAUCAAUGCAAUCUUCUCAUCAUUCUUAUAAUUUAUUGACACACAUUAACACAUCGUACAGACUUACAAAGCCUACACAGUGCUGAUGUAGCAUUUGUUCCAUGUUUUACCUGGUCACAUUCCACUCUGCUACUGAAUAGAUGUCUAGAAAUGUAACCACACAUGCUUAAUACCCCUAAGCUUCAUGUGGUAAUUACUAAUGCAAAAUACUAAACUAUCUGGCUGUUUAGAAGACCCUUUGGUUUAGUACUCUAAUCUAUCCCGAUAGUAAAUAGAUCUAACUACUACCUAAUACCACCUGUACACUUGAUGGAAUGUUCUUUUACAAUUUAACAUUCAAACGUUAUUUUGUUUUAUGGGGCUUUCAGUUACAUGACUGCAUGUUUUCGAUUGUCACUGAACAGUACAACUAAUUAUUUGUGAUAUCAUUUUUUUAAUGACAUCUGUUAUUUGUUUUUGCACAUGCACACAGGAUUUUGACACAUAAUAAAGUUCCUUUCUUUACUUCCUUUAGAAUUCUGAAAUGCUAAUCUGUACAUGAUGAAAAUGAGUUACACAAACAUGAUGUAUACAAAAUAUACAAAACUGAAUAUACAAAACAUUAAGAACACUUUCUUUCAUUUGGAUGCCAAUUUUGUUAGCUUAAAAUUAUGAAAUAUACACUGAGUAUACUAAACAUUAGGAACCCCCCCCCCAAUGCUUCCCACAGUCAAGUUGGCUGGAUGUCCUUUGGGUGGUGGACCAUAAUUAAUACACACGGGAAACUGUUGAAUGUGAAAGACCCAGCAGCAUUGCCGUUCUUGACACAAACCGGUGCUCCUGGCACCUAUUACCAUACCCUGUUCAAAGACACUUAAAUAUUUUGUCUAGCACAUUCACCCUUGAAUGGCAUACAUACACAAUCCAUGUCUCAAUUGUUUCAAGACUUAAAAAUCCUUCUUUAACCUGUCUCCUUCCCUUCAUCUACACUGAUUGAAGUGGAUUUAACAAGUGAAUUCAAUAAGGGAUCACAGCUUUCACCUGAAUUCACCUGGUAAAUCCAUGUCGUGGAAAGAAAGUGUUCUUAAUGUUUUGUAUAUUCAGUGUAUAUGCAAUAUUUCAAAUGGACUGCUAGAAAAGUUAUUGGUGAGUGGAGUGGAAAAUUCCCUUUUCUAAUGUGCCAUCAUCGAAAAUAAAUAUUAGACAGUAUGCCAAAGUAAAAGCAGUAAAUCUUCAGACUCAUAUCUUGCAAGUACUCUGUAUAUAAUACCUUGAAUGUGAACGUGAAUGUACUGUAUAAUGUGUUUUUGAGAGGUGUCAUUAAAUAUCUGCAUCACA